UUUAGUAUGCAUAGACAUUAACAAGAGAAAGGUAUUGUUAAGGUUAUAAUGGGAGCUGUGAUUGUAGCAGUUGCAAUUUUAAUUUCAUUAUAUAGUUUGAAUAAAUUUUUGUGUUUUUGGUGUAAAAGUAAAGUCUGUUUGGUUGGGAAGACUGCCCUUAUUACAGGAGGGGCUUCUGGUAUUGGCUAUCAAACAGCACUAACCCUAGCAUCGAAAGGAUGUCGCGUCAUAAUAGCUGAUGUGACUGAUACCAAAAACGCAGUUCAAUGUACCAUAGAAAAAACACAUAACAAUAAUGUAAUAGGCAAACACUUAGACUUGGCUUUAUUUAAAUCUGUACGCGAUUUAGCCGAGAAUAUAAACUUAACUGAGCCAAGGCUGGAUAUUUUAAUUAAUAAUGCUGGCAUAGGAGAUGUCAAUAUUUGUUAUACCGAAGACGGGCUGGAGAGGACGAUGCAGAUUAAUUAUUUUGGACACUUUUUGUUGACUCAUUUGUUAUUAGAUCUCCUGAAAAAAUCGUCACCCAGUCGCAUAGUUUUUACCAGUUCAAUAAUUGCUUAUUUUAGCACUUUGAAUUUGGAGCAACUGAAUCCUAAGCCAGAAUAUUUUUCAUCGAUAUACGGGAUUUUUGGUACUUACAGUGCAUCCAAACUGAUGAUGGCUUUUGCUGCAAAAAUGUUUGGAAAAAAACUUAUAGGUACAGGGGUAACUGCAAAUAGCUUUAACCCUGGUGGGUCAAGGACAAAUAUAUUUUUCAAAGAUAUUAAGUCCUACAGAGAUGUAUCAAAAAUUUUCUUAGGUUUGCUUGCUUGGUUAUUGGGAAAGUCAGCAGAAGAAGGAGCUCAAACGUUAAUUUAUCUAGCACAUGCCGAUGAAGUAAAAGAUAUUACCGGGAAAUAUUUUAUGGAGGGAAAACGUUUUCCAGCCCCUGUUAUUCUAAGAAACAAUGAGUAUUGUCAAGAGCUAUGGGAUAGGUCUGUUUUGUACACAAAACUAGAACCCCACGAAGUCAAGUGUUAACGCAGACUGAGUUAGUUUUCUAAACACCCAUUGUUAAGAAAUUUAGUUUUUCCAAAGACAUUACAAAAAAUACAUUGUAUUGUUUUUGAUUUUAAAUAUAUAUUUUUUUUUUACAAAA